AUGCAUGAAUCGAUUACCACUCUAUUUUCUUCUCAAUCCACUGAGGCUGAGAGAAUGAUUCAUGUUGAAGAACCUGAUGAUGAUGAGAUCAUGGUGUCCUUUGUUGAUCGUCAAUUCGAUCCUGAGGAGGAGAAUGUUCCUGAUAACUUAAUCAUGUCAGUGACAAAACUGAAGGAAUAUGUGGAUCUUAAAUUUGAUGAACUCAAACCUAAGUUGUCAAAAGAAGUUCAGAAAAUGGAGAACAACUAUACUUUGUUUCAUAGCAAAGUCGAUGUCAUUACGACUGCUAUCACUAAGUUGGUUGAGUUUAACAAUGAGUAUUUGAACAAUCAGAAAAGGAUUCUCAGGUGUUUGAAAAGAUGGAAGAUUUUUUAUCCAGGGAAAGAGAAAGGAUUUGGAGGAUUUGGUUCUUCAAAAGACCAUGAGAAAUGGGUUGUAGUUGGGAAAGUGAGUUCGACACAAAUUCUGACUUCACUUCCCAUAUCAUUAACCACAACUUCUACAACUACAAGAGCACUGAUGAAUGGAAUUUCAAUAAACGAAGGAGUUGGAGGUUUGAGUUCAAGUUCAAUUCCACCAAAUUUUAAUAAUGGUCCAAGUAAUAAAGGAAAAGCUAUUUAUGUAGUUCCAUUAGAAGAAGAGAAGAAAAAGCAACAAGCUCUUGACAUUGAGAAGCAAAGGCUAAAAAACAGUAUAUUGAGGCGAAGAGAUAAUGACCCACCUAGCUUGUAUAAGGGUGUUACUAACAAGUAG